AUGUUGUCUUUCAUUGUCCAAAUUCUUCUUUCUUCUUCACUUAUUUUUUUUCUUAUUUCUUAUGUGUAUAUUUUUUAAGGUUUAGAGUUUGAUUUUUUUUUCUUUUUUUCAAAUACAAGAAGCAUCUUAUUUGUACACAAGAAGCCAAUGGCAUUUUGGUGAUGCAACUGUAAAAAAGAAUUAAUAAAUGAUGUGGUAUUAUUACUAAGCAACAAUGGAUCUAUUUUAUGCAGAGUGUGCACACUCUGUUAAUGUUAAUUGGACAUAAGCAUCGAAAGUCACGGCUAUUAAAGAGUUGAUAUACUUGAUUGUACAAAAGUAAAGAUGAGACACUCAAAUAACAAAUUUCGAAAAGUUGAUAUACCAUUUAUGCAAUAAUACUUAGCACUAAUAGGUGCAUAAUCGGCUUCCAAAAUAGAGAGAAAAAAAUAAAAAUAAAACCCUAAACCCUAACAGCCUAACUGGCAAACCCCAUUCUUCAUCACCUCGCUUCUCCCACACACACCUGGAGCUCUACCUCCCUACUUCAAUGGCAGCGUUAGAGAACUCAAAGGACAUGUACGAUGUUGCCUUGAAGCCUCGAAUGCUCCUUACAAUGUUGAAAGAAGAUGUGCCAGACGAUAAUAAUAAAAAACCAAUUGGUAACGCAUCAAAGCUAUCAAGAAUUGUUUCCACCGUCCAAACUUUCAAUCUCUUAUCUGAAUCUUUCACUGCUUCGAUGGAAACUAAGUUAAUCGAACGGUGGAAAUCUGCCGUUGAUGAUUGGCAAAAUCGAGUGGUCUCAUUGGUCGUCAACUCCUCUUCUAUGCCAGAUAAAUGUUGGGCAGGAAUCUGUUUGCUAGGGGUUACUUGUCAAGAAUGUAGCUCUCAUCGAUUCUUGGCUUCAUAUGCUGUUUGGUUUGACAAGCUUUUAUUACAUAUUCAGUCACCUGUAGAUUCUCAAUUUGUCAAGGUGGCUUCUUGUACCUCUUUAUCUGAUCUUUUGGUUAGGUUAGCUGGAUUUCCUAAUGCAAAGAAGGAUGGAACUUCGCAUGCUGGAAAACUCAUCCAACCCAUUCUGAAGCUAUUGCAGGACGAUAGUUCAGAAACUGUGUGGGAAGGAGCAAUUCACCUGUUAUGCACUCUUAUAAGUUGCUUUCCGGCUUCUGUUCCUCGCCAUUAUGACAGUGUUGAAGCUGUUAUUGCCUCAAAAAUUUUGUCAGGAAAAUGCAGUGUCACUGUGCUUAAGAAACUUGCUUAUUGUCUAGCAAUACUUCCUAAAUCAAGAGGAGAUGAGGAUAGCUGGCUUGCAAUGAUGCGGAAGAUUCUAUUAUUGGUAAAUGGUUACCUGACUGAAAUCUUCCAUGGUCUUGAAGAAGAAACUAAAUGGGAUGAAGCUGUUAGAUUACUGGUUCCACCAGGAGAGGCUACACCGAUUGCCAUAUGGAGUCAAAAUUUGUUAGAAGAGACAUCGGAUAAAGCGAGAAAGAGAUCUAAGCUAUCAAGUGUCUCUACUUUGAUGCUUAGCUGUUGUACUAUGCUUACAACUUCAUAUCCUGUCCAGGUGACAGUCCCUGUUCGCUCAUUAUUGGCCAUUAUUGAGCGAGUGCUGAUGGUUGAUGGUUCAGUGCCACGUGCCUCAUCAAACUUUGUGAUUGCGACAGAACAAGAGUUCAUUUGUUCUGAACUUCCAGUUCUGCAUUCAUCUAUCUUGGAUCUUCUUACUUCAGUCAUAAAGGGCAUGCGCAGUCAACUGUUGCCACAUGCUGCAUAUAUCGUGCGGCUUGUUAAAGAGUAUUUUAGGAGAUGCCAAUUAUCAGAGUUAAGGAUAAAAACCUACUCAAUCACAAAGGUGUUGCUGACAUCGAUGGGUGUUGGAAUAGCAAUAUACCUUGCACAGGAAGUUGUCAACAAUUCUCUUCUUGACUUAGAUCCUAGCGUGGGUUGUAUAUUUUCUAGUGCAUAUUCCAAGGCCUCUUUUGGCGCAUUGCUCCAGCCUUGCAAUAGAAAAAGGAAGCAUGGGGCAUCUGAGCAAAACUAUGACCAACUUAGUUUGGAAAUGGAAGCACCCAAGAGUUGCCCUGCAAGUACGAUUUCUGUGAAGAUAGCUGCCCUUGAGGCAUUAAGAACUCUUCUAACAGUGAUUUUUGUUCUUCUAACUGCGGGUGGUGCUUUGAAAUCUGAGUCCUGGCGGUCAAAAGUGGAGAAGCUCUUAAUAACAUUAGCAGCAGAUUCCUGUAAAGGGGGAUGGAGUAGUGAGGAAAGGACAGCCUUUUUGCCCAAUGGGGUGGCUUCAACAUAUGCAGAUUUGCAACUUGCAGUUUUACGUGCUCUUUUGGCGUCUCUCCUUUCACCAUCUCGUGUGCGUCCUCCACACUUAGCCCAGAGUCUCGAGCUUUUCCAUAGAGGCAAGCAAGAAACUGGAACAGAAAUUUCAGAGUUCUGUUCCUAUGCUCUCUCAGCCUUGGAGGUGCUUAUACAUCCCCGGGCCCUUCCACUGGCAGAUUUACCCUCUGCAAACUCUUCUCAUGAGAUUAACUACGGAUUCCCAGAGACUCUGUACUCUGGUGGGCAGAAGCACAAUACCCCAAUUUCAAGUGGAAUGCGAGGUAUAGGGCAUGGAUCUCCUGAUUCAGAUGAUGAUCUGUGUGACAGCUGGCUAGAUGGUAACAAAGAAACUGAUACCCCAGAUAAAAUUACAAUCAGUAACAAGCCUUCUGAAAACUUGAAAGUUCAACAGGCAGAAAAGAAUUUUCUGGCAGGCCCUUCAGCUACAAAAAGUCCCAGGCAAAGUGAGCUGGAGCCUGCUGCAGAUAGUGCAGAUGUAGAGACUGGAAACUUAGGUGAUGAGAUGAUAGUUCGAACAGAAGAAGUUAAAGAAUCCAACAUGCAGCUUCAGGGGCUUUCAUUUUCUAAAGGCAAGAAUAUUUCCCGAGUCACUGAUGGAACUGGUUUCUUAGUAUCUCAAGAUAAUGAAACGACACCAGCGGACAUUGGGAUGGCAGACGAAGGUGGUGAAACUGCAGCAGUCCCUCCAGGUGGAAAUGCUUACACAUCAUCCAGUACUCUGAAAGGUGCAGCAGCAUCUGCUUUUGAAUCAGAUGACGACUCAUCUACAGAUACCUUACCUGAUAUCGUCGACGCCGAUCCAGAUUCUGAUUAGAAACUGGGCAAUUGUUCUGAUGUAUCAUGUAAGUCACAGGAAGUGCGGUAGAGACAUGCAUGCCUCUGUUUUGUUAAGGAUCCGAAAAACGUUAAAAGUUAUCUAAUGCAAGGCCCUCCUUUAUGA